AUGGAUGGACCACCAGCUCAAAGUCUUGGUGUUGAACCUGUUGAUCAUGAUGUAUUAAAAAAACCGCCAAGAAAAGUUGCAGAUUCCAUGAUUGAUAAACAAUUAAUCGCUCAUAUAGUUACAAGUGCUACUGUAAUUGUUGUUGGAACUUUAUGUGUUUUUUAUGCUGAAAUGAGAGAUGGAAAAGUAACACCAAGAGAUACAACCAUGACAUUUACAUGUUUUGUCUUUUUUGAAAUGUUCAAUGCACUUAGUUGUCGAUCUCAAACGAAAUUUAUUUUUGAAAUUGGUCUUUUUUCAAAUCGAUUUUUUCUUGUUGCUGUUUUACUUUCUAUUAUUGGUCAAUUAGCUGUGAUUUAUUUACCACCAUUACAAUAUGUAUUUCAAACAGAAGCGCUUAGCGCUUCAGAUUUAUUCUAUCUAACAUGUUUAACAUCAUCUGUAUUUCUUGUUAAUGAAUUUCGUAAAUUAAUCUCGAGAAUUAUUCUGAAACGUCAUAUUAAUCGUACGAAUAUGAUGAUUAAUCAAUGGAUGGUUUAA